GGAACCGUGCAUUUCAAAUUAUAGACUAAAACCCCAGUAAAACUGCUCAAAAUCCUUCCUGCAGCUGCCAGGCAACUACGAAAGACGAGAGGUAAAUCCUAUUCUUUUACAAUACAGCUGAACUACUACAUUCUAGCGCUAGCUGCUUUACAUUGCAGCUCAGUGUUAUUACUAGAAAUAUGGAUACUGAGAAGAGAACACAGCACUGCAUUGUCCAGCCAGGAAAAUAGCAGAUAUUAAAAGCUUCAAUGCAUCAACUGUCGGGAAGAGUCAACAGUGCUACAAAUAAAACGGACAACUACAGCUCUUUUGUUUAACAAGAGAGAGAACAUGAAAGAAAGGAAAAAUCUCACAAGACCAGGACCCCUAUGAACAAGGAGGGUAACUCGAAGACAAGCAGACAGAUGGACACUUUGGAUACUGGGAAAAGCAAUCGCAGGAAGCAGACUGCUGGGGGAUGUGCUCAUGUUCGAUAGCAUCUUUUUUUGCUGAAGUGAUGGCGUGCCAAAAGUACUUUCAGUGGUCGUAAUCCUCUCACCAUAAAUGGCCUGACCGAGGAAGAAUGACUACGAGGGACAGAAUGUGAUUGAAUUAGAAAAUGAUUACCAAAGAAUAGUACGGAUUCAGGAGUCGACAACAUUUCAGCCACCAUUAUUAUCUCAUAUCUCAUUUCUGGAUAUAUAAACAUGCUUCAGUGGAGGAGAAGACACUGUUGCUUUGCAAAGAUGACCUGGAAUGCCAAAAGGUCUCUGUUCCGAACCCAUCUUAUUGGUGUACUUUCCUUAGUGUUUCUGUUUGGUAUAUUUUUGUUUUUCAAUCAUCACGACUGGCUACCAGGUAAAGCUGGAUUCAAAGAAAACCCUGUGACAUACACUUUCCGAGGAUUUCGCUCUACAAAAAGUGAGACAAACCACAGCUCCCUUCGGAACAUCUGGAAAGAAACAGUCCCUCAAACGCUGAGGCCUCAAACAGCCACUAACUCCAAUAACACAGACCUGUCACCACAAGGAGUUACAGGGCUGGAGAAUACACUUAGUGCCAAUGGAAGUAUUUACAAUGAAAAAGGUACUGGACAUCCAUAUUCUUACCAUUUCAGAUACAUUAUCAAUGAACCUGAAAAAUGCCAAGAAAAAAGCCCUUUUCUAAUAUUACUAAUAGCUGCAGAACCUGGACAAAUAGAAGCUAGAAGAGCUAUACGGCAAACUUGGGGCAAUGAAAGUCUAGCAACUGGUAUCCAAAUCACACGAAUUUUUUUGUUGGGAAUAAGUAUUAAGCUAAAUGGCUACCUUCAACGUGCAAUACUAGAAGAAAGCAGACAAUACCAUGAUAUAAUUCAACAGGAAUAUUUAGAUACAUACUAUAAUUUAACCAUUAAAACACUAAUGGGCAUGAACUGGGUUGCAACAUACUGUCCACAUAUUCCGUAUGUUAUGAAAACUGACAGUGACAUGUUUGUCAACACUGAAUAUUUAAUACAUAAGUUAUUGAAGCCAGAUCUGCCUCCCAGACAUAACUAUUUCACUGGUUAUCUAAUGAGAGGAUACGCACCCAAUCGAAACAAAGACAGUAAGUGGUACAUGCCACCAGACCUCUAUCCAAGUGAGCGAUACCCUGUCUUCUGUUCUGGAACUGGUUAUGUUUUUUCUGGAGAUCUAGCAGAAAAGAUAUUUAAAGUUUCUUUAAGUAUUCGUCGUUUGCACUUGGAAGAUGUGUAUGUAGGGAUCUGUCUUGCCAAGCUGAGAAUUGAUCCUGUGCCCCCUCCCAAUGAGUUUGUGUUCAAUCACUGGCGAGUUUCUUAUUCAAGCUGUAAAUACAGCCACCUAAUUACCUCUCAUCAGUUCCAGCCUAGUGAACUGAUAAAAUACUGGAACCAUUUACAACAAAAUAAGCACAAUGCUUGUGCCAAUGCAGCAAAAGAAAAAGGAGGCAGGUAUCGGCACCGUAAACUACAUUAGAAAAACACUUCUCCCCCCACCCUCCAACAUGCAACCUGUAAAUAUUGCUAAAAGCAUGUAUAAUUAAAAUGGAUUACAUCAUUAGUACAUGUUUUAGUUAAAGCCCAUGACAUGAAGGAAUUACAAAUAUAUUUUUUUCAACUUCUGAAGAAAAUUCUGCAAACUACAUUACAUAAAAAGUAUCCCAAAAGAAUCUAUUAAAAAAAUAUAUAAGAAGAUUCUGUGUAUUAACAUGCAAUAACAAGCAUGCAUACAUCAAUGGUUCAAGUUUUAUUACAGGAGCCAACAAAAUAGUACUUGUGUAUAUUUUCCAUACAAAUUUUAAUUUAAGAGAUCUUUCAAGAUCAUUCUUCUAAGACUUACUUUUGUAUUUCAAUAUACAAUUAAAUGUAAAUAAAACAUUGCUAUCAACUCUAAGAAAGCCUUUUAAUGGUGCCAUGGACAAAAUUUUUGACCUGGCUAUUCUAGAGUUCUCAUAACUUAAUGGAUUUACUUCAAACAUGCAUUUAUAAAGUUCAAAUGUUUUACCAAUGCCAUUUUCAUUUAAGUGUUUACUCUUUAAAAACAAUUGAGAUUCUCAUUUUAAUUCCUUUUAUGAAUACUCACAUAAAUUAAGGGAAGCUUACUUAGACGUGAUAAAAUGUGAAAAUCAAUGUGUCUCAGGCUCAAGUUUUUAUAAAACAAGUUAUUGAAUGUUUCAAAAUAGAAAUUUUUGUUUCUUCACUAAGGGCCAAAUCAGUAUUUCAAUGAGUUAUUUAACUUUUUAAGUUACUGCACUCCUAAAGAGUACUAUCAAUUAACCCUAAGUACACUCAAAUAUGAAAGUAUAUCCUGUUACUCUACCUAAAACAAAAUGAGGCACAAAGAAGACAUAUUGUUGGAAAUGAUAAAAAGAGUGCAGCCACAAUUUCAUUCAAUACAUUUCUAAGAUGCAUGUCUCCCAAACUGCAACAUAUGGGAAGUUUAUUUCCUGAGAGCAGGUGUACACGUGCCAAUACUUACACAUUUUAUGGUCACCUACUUCUUUGUCUGAGUGCCACGUUUAAAAACAUGCUAUUUGUAAUCUGGUAUAAGACAAACAUUCUGCAUUAUCAAGUAGAACCCUUUUGGGGCGGGGGGAUUGGGGAAAAACUACAAAUGUUUGAUGAACACUUGAUUUUAGGAUUAAAAAUGUAUAUGAUGCACUUUUAUCAAAAAUUUAAAAUAAUAAAAAAGCUAAGGUGAACAACAACAACAACAAUCUUUACUGAGUGUUAUGGUAUAAAUAUGUCACAGUAAUUUUGUUGGACUCCAUUAGUAAUGGAGUAUAGUAAUACUAACCCACGAACAUUAAAAUGUUCUUGUUUCAUACAAAUCUAGAAAAGUAUUACUCUUAAUUUAGUCAGGAUUUUAUUUAGCAUUAAUAACAAUUAUUUUUACCCUUGACAAAUCACCAGAACUGUAAUGUUCGCUAAAGUUGAGAAUCACAGAAGCUGUUUAAGUACUUAAUUCUUAGUAAUACAAUGAAUUCUAUUUAUACUCACUACAUCUCUCAUCUCAAAUAAGCAAUCUAAAUGCUCUAUUCUACAUUAAGGAAGUUACUGUGAGUCAGAACUGAGUCGAUAGCUAUGAGUCUGGACCUGCACAUAAUACUCCUCUGCUCUUCGUUCCAAGUUUGUUUUUCAUUUCAUUUACUCUGUAAGAUUACUAAAUGGUCAAAAUUACUAUAUAAAAGUCACCUAAAAGCUUAAUAACAAAUAAGCAAGUCUGAUCAAAAUAAACAAAGGGAA